CUUUGUGUCCAUGGUAACAACACACCUCGCACACAUACUCCCUGUCCUCAUGGCAAAAGAGGUCCAGGGGCCGGUUGUGUUUUGGACAAGGUCUGGGAGUCGAUGUGGGAAGUUGAGGGCACACACUGCCUUCCUGUGAUCCCAUAUAAGUUCUAUAUCCAAUGUCCCUAUCCCAUAACUCCAGAUAGACAGGCUCUGAUGGCGGAGCAGAAGAGAACAUCGAAGAGCCACUUUGUGUGAGGGUGUUGGUCCUCAGCUUCUCCAUAGCGUCCACGAGAACCGUGCUCUUAGCCAGUGUAGGUCGAGGAUUGAAGCGCUGCCGGCAUUGGGGGCAUCUGUACUGGCCCUUGCUGUCCCCUAUGUCCCAGUGGCUUUGGAUACAAGUCAAACAGUAAGAGUGUCCACAGGGUAGAGUUGCUGGGUCCUUCAGGCUCUCCAGGCAUACGGAGCAUGCAAAGGUCUCUUCUUCAGACCAGGCAGCGGCCGCCAUGAGUGUGAUGGGGUCAGGAACUCCGCUUUCCAAGGCGUCAGAAGUCACAAGUUGUUCCCUCGAGCUGAUGAAACACACUAGAUAGUAGAUUGUAAAAUGACAGGUCAUAUCAUUGGCAUGCUACUUAAACUAGUUUAUCUGGUUCUGGAGAGUUUCUCUCUAAAUAGGGGGGUUUAAGUCUGUGAAACUAUAUGGUUUUAUGGUUAUGGUUUAUGGGUUUACUCUUUCCAGACUACAUAUUCAUGGUGUAUUUAAUAUGAUGACACUAACAAUAAUUAUUGUGUUUACAUUAUGGCAUAUAAGGGUUUGUUUACUCGGUCAUUUACUAAUAGGGGGGUAGGAAUGGGUAGACAAAUGUACUGAUAAAAAGGAAAUAAAAUUAAAAAAGUGUUAAACAAAAAGAAAGAAUAAUCAAUGAGUAAAAAAAAUAAAGAAAAUUAACUUAAGCUACAAAUUACCAUAAAUUAUAUAAUGUAAAUACGAGUAGAUAAAAUAAAAAUACUGUAGAUUUAACAAAAAAUAGAAAAUAAAUUAUACAAAACUAUUUGUAAUUCCUAUGCGUGUGUCGGCAUGGGACAUUUUAAAAGAUACUGUAUUGGUGACUGGUGAUGUAAACAGCAAGGAAUGCAGGGUUUGCCCAACAUGUCGUCAGACUCAGUAAAAAAAACACACACAAAAAAACCAAAGUGCUAUUCUUACCUGCCUUGUUGACACUAAUUGGACAAAAAUGAUGUGAAACAGGUUUUGCGUGGUGACUGCGCAGUGAGGGCAACAGUGACGGACAUGAAAGGACCCGGCGCCAUUUUGACUUAUGGCUGCCGGUUAGCUUGGCGGCAGGCUAAAAAUGCAGUGUGUUCAACUUUCCAGCAUGUUCCGGGGCCCACAGAUGGGGAUUGGGUCAUUGCUGCGACUAAUUGAGGCCCACACAAGUGCUGGAUGGCGUCUAAAAGAAUCCUUCCUGCACACAGAGACUGUAUAUUGUCUAAAAAAGUGCUUUCUUUUUAGCACUAACUGUGAAAAUCAAUUGCAGCAAGAGGCCUCAUUUCAAGACCUUAACUCCAAGGUCCCUGCAAAGUCCAAACUAUUGUAUUCUUUUUGGAAGCACACUGAAGUGCAGGAUUAUGUCCAGAACCCAAAAACUGUGAAUGCGCAUCAGGACUUUGUAUCCGGUCUUCCACUCUGGAGAAGACGUGGGAACAUUUUCAAGCCGUCGCACUCGCAUUUCACUAAUAAAAGUUACGGUAAUCAUUUCAGUAAUGGACAAAGAUCUUUACAAUGGUUAAAAAUCCAGAACAAAGCACAGGCAUAUAGCCACUCUUUUAACCAAACCAGAGCAGUUCUUGGUGCUUGGAGUGAUUGUCUAACACAGGAAAAUGAAAACAGGUGUCGACAACUCCUGGGGCCCAAUGUGACAAUGUAUAAAGUGGACAAAGAGAGAAAGGGGGGCAGUCUGAGCAAAGGAAAAAGUCAGGGAAGAUGGGCGUCCAUUCUAGUGUCUCUCUGUAGUGUAGGAAAUGAACCGGCAUUUCUCUUCACACUGCGCUCCAGAACGCUCACGGGCAGGCACAAAGGAGACGUCAGCUUUGCAGGGGGCAAGAGUGAUCCGUCAGACACUGAUGUGGUGGCCACUGCACUGAGGGAGGCACGGGAGGAGCUCGGUGUCAGUGUCUCUUCAGAAAGGGUGUGGGGUGUUCUCAAGCCUCUUAGGGACAUGUCAGGGAUGAUGGUUGCUCCUGUGCUGGCUAAUGUUGGUCCUUUCGAGGAGUUAUCCUUCAAACCAAACCCAGGAGAGGUGGAAGAGAUUUUCACAUUGUCCGUGCCCCAUUUGUGCGACCCUCAAAACCGUGGCUACACACACUUCCGCACAGGGGACAAGUACGGCUACACGUUGCCGGUGUUUCGUAACGGGAAGCAUCGAGUGUGGGGACUGACUGCUGUUGCCUUAGACCAGACGCUGAAGCUUCUUGUCCCGCCACACCCGCAGUGAAGGUUGAAGAUUUUCGUAUUUGAAAAUGUGCAAUCAAGUUUAGUGUGGCACAUUCAUCUGAAUACCACUCUCCCUGGUAGUUUGACCUAUACAUGAUUACUGUAUUAUUACAUAAAUAUUCACAUAGGGGAAAAACUUCCCUAAAAAUCCUGUGAUGUGAAAUGAGCAGCUUUAAUAUGAAUCAAACAAUUUUUUAUUUACCGGUAGUUGUGAAAAAAAUAUUUGCACAGAUGAAAAAAACUAGUUAUUUAUGAUGCAAAGCUAUAUAAGCUAUAUAUGUGAACACCUUUAUAGUAUACAUACACACAUCACAAUGUGGUGUGUUGAAGAACAAAUGCAUUAAAGAAACUAAAAAGUUUGUUGAAAGUAGUUUUUAUUGGUCAUGUAUUUCUAACAAGACAAAUCGUGUGGCUAGUAUGCCAAGUUGAUUUGCUGGACGUCAUUGCAAAUUUAUCUGUGGACAUAAAUCAUUGCGAUGAUUUGCAAAUGGACUCUUCUUUUUUGAAGACCUUUUGCACAAAAAAUUUAGGUGUGGAGUUUCAUUAUUUAUGUCCCUGUGGGCAUAUCCUGAGUAGAAAUAGCUUUCCCCCCCACACCUCUCUCAAACAAGCGGCCCACCACUGUAGGAGACCAAACAACCCUUAAAGAAAUGCAUGGCACGGCAUGGGAGAGCAAACCACAAAACACCACUAAAUAGAGGAGGAAGUUUACACUAAUGCUUACAACAAUGUCCUCUCUUCCCCAAAGAUUGUCUCCAUCCACAGGAAGUUGUUUUGCCACCAGGAUUUAGUAUGCAGGACGGUCAUUCACCAGUCACGUCGGGUAAUCAUAACAACAACUAUUGGGACAUAAACACCAGAGACAUAAAUAGAGAGACUGUUUGCCUAAAAUUUUAGAACUGAAGAAGCCUUUUGGACAAAUACUGAAACGUCUUUAACAAACAGGAGUCCAAUCCCCUCGAUUCACCCAUUACGGAUUAUCACAACAUGGAUAACUGAGAAUCACAGUCAUAAUUGUGAUGGACUAUGAAUCCUUGCUGAGAAGGCAUAUCAUUCUAGUCUUGAGUGAGGCAUUUGUUUUGGUGCUAUGUUUUUCUGUUAUGUUUGUUGGAUAUUUAAACCGAUUACAGUCAACCAGCUACUUAAGCAGUGCCCAUGAUUGUAUAUGUUGGUGGUGCUGUUGUGCAAGGUGCUGCAAACUCGUAGUUUCAAAUCAGGAUGAAGUACAAUAAAACGGCUUUGACUGCUUUUUUGGUGU